CACCUGGGAAGUAUACCAGCGUUUUUACCAACGCAAUAAACCGCAAACAGUGUCCUAAAUGCGCGAGUGAAAUUUUUAAAAUUUUCCUGUCACCAUGUCGAAAGAUGACUCCACGAAACUUCCAGACCUGCGUACCGACGUAGCAACGUCCAGCACAGCGGAUGUAUGCGCCAAAUGCCACGAGACACUACCGAAACGGGAUCGUCUCACAUGCUGUGCCUGUGAGCGUACUUACGACCUUCCCUGUGCCAAUGUAUAUCAUGGAUUAUUUGAUUUAAUGUCAACUGAAAGAAAAUUAAAUUGGACCUGCAAACUUUGUCGCAAUGCUCCAAAAACAGGUAAAACGAGCACGCCAAUUAAAAACACAUUGCAAAAUUACGUGUCAAUGGACGAUUGGCACCAACUUCCAGACACAGACUCGGAUGACUCCAAUGUAACAAUACGGAAUAAAGGUCACACAUUACACAGCCUCGACGACAGUUUGUUAAUAAUCUCCCGUAAAGAUCCGGAUCUAAGUCUAAAAAAGAACAAUGAAGUACUCUCUGAUAUCAUACUUACCGAAUUAAGAAGCUUCAGAUCUCAAAUGACCCUGCAGCUUGAACAACAAGAGCAACGAUUUACCAACCUAGCUGAUAAAAUAGAAACUAAUAUAUCUAACCUCUUUCAAAAAUAUGCUACAUUAAAAACGGAAUUAAAUAACAUAAAACUAUCAGUUGACGCUACAAAUAUUCAAACAGAUAACAUCUUAAGAAAAUCUAACUCAAAUUUCCAACGUAUUGACGAAACAAACAAGAAAAUCUUAACCCUUGAACAUGAAAUGGCGUCCUUAAAACUUCAAACUCAAUUAUUGGAAAAUAAAUUAAAAUCCUCAGGCUCGGACCGAAUAGUGCCUUCGAAUAAAACCGAACAACCCAGCAACAAUAACUAUGUAAGAGACAGCCCAAAUCAUAAUUUCACUGGACCAAGUCAUACUGAAUACGUGAGGAGGCUGGUUCUCUAUGGCUUAAACGAACAUGACCGUGAAUCCAAACCCAUACUGAUAGAUCAAGUACUAAAUCUGUUCUAUGACAUCUACAACAUCGACUUAACUGGGCAAAUCGAGGAGAUCUGGCGAAUAGGGCGUAGAGGCUUCAGGCGCCCUAUUGUCAUAGAACUUCUAAGUAAGAGAAUGACGAAGUAUAUUAUAGAAAACGCCUCAUACCUUAAAUACACAGGACUCUUUGUGUCAGAGUUUCUUGAUCGUGACAGCCUUCGAACCAGAAAAUUACUCAGAGAAAAACUACGAGAAGUUAGACAAACCGGACAAAGCGCAGUGAUACGCAAUAACAAAUUAUUUGUCAAUGGGAAAGAGAUGCCCCUCCAAGAAGUAUACGCCGAUAACGAAGAUAGAAACAAGACUAUACCCGCAACAACCUUAAACUCAGAAACGUUACCUAUUAUGCGCCUCACCGGAGAUGAACCACAACAGACGUUAUUGAGAAACCAUCCGCCGACACCAAACACACAGCCAGCGUCAUCUGUCAAAACUUUUCGCCCCUAAACCGAC